AUGCAGAUGCAUCUCACUAUAGGCUUUGGUUUCAACGUUCGUGGCCAAAUCAGCGAAGGUGGCCAGUACCGCAGCAUCAAUGGUCAGCUGUACGCACCGCUGCAACACGUCAGCGCUGUGCUAGCCGGAGGAGCGGCCGAGAAGGCCGGCCUUUACCAGGGUGAUCGUAUUUUGGAAGUUAAUGGAGUCAGCGUCGAGGGCGCAACGCAUAAGCAAGUCGUAGAUUUGAUCAAAGCAGGUGGUGACAAGCUGGUACUGACCGUCAUUUCGGCCGAUCCUUCUGAACUCGACCGCAUUGAAAGCUCUGUUAGCGACGACAACGGAAGUGCGUACGACUAUUCGGAAAAGCGGUCACUGCCGAUCACUGUGCCAAGCUUACAGUGGGUGAAGAGACAGGACGAAAAAUUUGUGGUGUACAACAUUUACAUGGCCGGUCGUCAUUUGUGUUCCCGGCGAUACAGUGAAUUCGAACAGCUGAAUCGUUACUUAAAAAUGGAGUUUAUGGAUUUCAAUUUUCCUCGCUUGCCCAGCAAGUGGCCUUUUGCGCUCAGUGAACAGCAGCUUGACGCGAGGCGUCGCGGCCUCGAACAGUACCUGGAGAAAGUUUGCUCCGUACGAGUGUUGGCCGAAAGUGACAUCAUGCAGGCGUUCCUGAUGGAAUCUCAGUCGGAUGCAAUAUCGUAUUUUGAUGUGGAUAUUCGCAUACUGUUACCGGAUCAGACGACGGUGACCGUGACUGUUCAGCGUAACAGCAACUGUUCGCAGGUGUACAAGGCGCUGCGGCACCGAUUAUCGAUUUCAGACGACAUCAUCCACUACUUUGCGCUGUUCGAGAUGAUCGAGCCAGAUUUCGAUCGCAAGAUCAAGCCGAACGAAUGUCCGCAUAGUCUGUACAUCCAGAACUACUCGUCCGCCGCCGUCACUUGCAUCGUCUUCAAGCGUUGGCUGUUUUGCAUUGACAAAGAAGUCGAGUUGUGCCGGUCACAUCCUUUUGCUCAUACGAUGUUCUACUGGAUGGCUGUGAACGACGUAAACAGCGGGCAGAUCAAAGCCGGCGAAAAGCUCUAUGAACUUAAGGCGUUGCAGGACGUUAGCCGUAAGGAACAGUACCUUGCGUUAGCCAGGACUCUUCCCGGAUACGGCGAAAUCACGUUUCCUCAUUGCGCUUGUGACUGUUACCGAAACGGUCAUGUCGUCGUCGCACUCGGCUACAAGUGUCUUCGGCUUCAAGCAUGCACUGUCAACGGAACUUUGGAGUCUCAUUCAGUAAAGUUGAAGAUAAUCAGUUUUGAGCAGUGUUUACCACUAGUCGAACAGUUGUUGGCGGAUGCUGACGGCAGCGGUGGUGGUGGGGUUGGCGUGUGCUCGGCGUUAAUGGAUGUGAUCGUUUGA